AUGAUAUCCAUAAGUCAGAUUCUCGCUGUAUGCUUAUUGUUCUUCCCUUCCUUGUUGAAAGCUCAGAACACUGCUUUCAUGGGCUGCUUUUCCAUUCCUAAUCAGGGUCUAUCUGGAGUAUCCGUGCAAAGUGCUUUAACAUUUGACCCGUCUGGAUGUGCGACAGAGUGUCGUCGCCUGCCUGAAGGAGGCUUUUCCCCCGUCAACUAUGCUUUGUAUUCUGCCAAUAUAUUGAUUGGUCAAGAGGUACAAGCACACUGCUUGUGCACCAAUGAUAUCCCCUUGAAUGCUGAUUACGAUGGUCCAGGUGGUUCAUUGGGCUGUCAAAACGAUUCAGACUACGCUGCUGAGCUGGUCGACACUCCAGUCACUUUCAAGGGAUGUUUCUCUACUCUAUACGACGAAAUGGCAGUUUUCGAUUCGGUCUCAGCUACUUAUCCAGGAUGCGCAGAACUCUGUGCGAAUUAUGAGUUUAUCGCUAUUAACCACGGGCCAGCCGAUGGGAAUAUUCGAUGUCGAUGCUCACCUUUCAUCCUCUAUGAUCCUGCCUCUGCUGUGGUGUGUAUGGCGGAAGAUAACAACUAUCUCAUCUACCAGAAUACUCCAAGCCCUCAGCCUUCCGGUCGACCUUCAAAAAGGGAUAAAAAGCAGCUGUGGACUCCAUGA